AUGAAGCUUACUUCCAUCGCUGUCGCUCUCUUUCUCUCCCUCUCCGCUACGGCGAUGCCCGUCGCCGACGCCGAAGGGGACAAUGCCGCUACUCCGUUGCCCAUUGCUGAUGUCGAAGCGGACACUGGCGCUGCGAUUCCCGUCGCCAAUGUCGAAGCGGAGACUCCCACUACUGAGACACCCGUCGCCGAGAUCGAAGUGGACAAUGCCGGCAUCGAAGAGGACAAUGCCGACAUCGAAGAGGACAAUGCCGAUAUCGAAGAGGACACUCCCGAUGUCGAAGGGGACGCUCCCGCAGCCCUAGAGGCACGCCGAGUCAAGUGUCGUUUCAAGAAGAUCGGCUGGAAGAACGUUCGGUGCUUCUAUCAGGGUGGUGAUUGGAGCCACUCGUGGUUUGAGAUCAGUGCGAAUUCUGCCGUCAAUGCCAAGAAUCUUAUCUUCACUUCGUGCAAUAUCAAGGACAUCCCUGCUUGCUAA